AUGUAUUUUUUGCUUUGCCUACUAGUAUUUAUAAAAGCAGAAACUCAAAAAACUCCCGUUCUGUUUGUCAAAGAAUUAUCCAAAGAGAGCCUUCGAAAUGAAAUUCUUAAACAUAUACUUGGUAUAGACUCGUAUAGUGUUGCAAAAGAAUUGAGAACAUCUGACAACCCCUAUCCAGAUUAUGAUGUUGACAAGACAGUGUUGCGUAAAAUCGAAUCAGACAUUAAAAAUAGGAAACAUGACAAACGAUGCCAAAAUAAUGAAUUACGCACAAGUCAACACACUAAUGUAAUGGUAUUUAUAAAAGCAGAAACUCUAGAAAUUUUACGUGAAUCCGAAAUAAAUCCCGUUCUAUUUGACAGAGAAAUAUCCAAAGAGAGUCUUCGAAAUGAAAUUCUUAAACAUGUACUUGGUAUAGACUCGUAUAGUGUUGCAAAAGAAUUGAGAACAUCUAACAACCCCUAUCCAGACAAUGAUGUUGACAAGACAGUGUUGCGUAAAAUCGAAUCAGACUUUAAAAAUAAGAAUCAUGACAAACGAUGCCAAAAUAAUGAAUUACGCACAAGCCAACACACUAAUGUAAUGGGUAAACAAAAAGGAUACGAACGAAAAGCCAUCACUGACAAAACGAGACAUGAUAUAUUACGUCAAAAAACGCCUGCAAGACUCAAAAAGAAAAAGCCCGGUUACCGACCCCGACCAGGUAGACCUAAACCCUGGUUCCGGCCUCCACAUAGUUCAGAAGAGGACUUCAUGAAACUCAAUAGUUUAUUACAACUCACCCAGAAAUUUAUCUUCUAG